AUGAGUUGGACGGUGAAGACUUUGAUUCUGCCCCUGGUUCUUCUCUGCUUGUGGCGGCAAACGCAAGCCUGCACCUGCCCCCCGGUGCACCCGCAGGAGGCCUUUUGUAAGGCAGAUGUUGUUCUCAGGGCAGUAGUUGGAGAGGUGAAGGCUGACGUUAAAGGAGCUGCCCCUGUCAUGUAUCGCAUCCAACACAUUGCGACCCUCAAGGGUUUGGAAAAGAAAUUCGGUGCCAUCUACACUGCCGUCAGCUCUGCAGCAUGUGGAGUCACUCUGACCAAGGACGUAGAGUAUUUAUUUAUGGGCAGAGUGCUCGGUGACGGCAAGCUAUACAUCUCCCUGUGCGACUUUUUCCAGCCGUGGGCAGCCUUGAGCGCCACUCAGAAGAACCUGUUGCAGCGUUACUACAUGGGCUGUGAUUGCAAGAUCCAGCUCUGCUACACGAUUCAUUGUGGCAUUAGCGACCCGAAAGCGUGCUGGUGGACGGACUUUCAUCCCUUGAUGAUGAUGAGCAAAGGCAACCAGGCCCGAAACUUUGCUUGCCUCAAGAGAAGCGAUGGCUCUUGCGUCUGGCAGCAAGGGGCCGUGCAUCAGCACACCGUGGCCGACUGA